CUUCGAGACACAACCAUGGAUGACGUCUGGAGCUAAAAAGUUACUUAUUUCAUUUCCCCUUCCCAUGGAGGAAAAGAUUAUCCAAUAGAAGACAAGGCCGUCAGCUACGAAAAUAACUCUGCAGAAUUAGCACUCUAUUUGAUUUAUAUUGGAGAACUCUGCUGUGUUUAUAACUCUGACACAUUCAUCGAGCUUUAAAGAAGACGGCAGAAGCGAAAAUAAGGUAGCAGAGCAUGGCUUUUUCUAAUCUGCAAUCGAUGUUCAAGUUAGCUCAGAGGCCUACACAUAUAAUCAGUGACAGACGAGGCCAAGAAUUUGAGCUCAAGUCAGACGCAAAAGAUGCCUUGUUGAUCGUAAAGAACUGCACAGAUUGCCAUGCAAGUUUACAAGAAAAAGCUGCCAAGUUACUCAUCGAGAAAUGUGACAACUUGGUGCUAGACGUUAAAUGCACGCUGAUAUCUGGUGUACUGGAACUUCUGAACUGCAAGAAAAUAGUGCUAAAUUUACUUGAAGGUGGUCAGAUUCCAACCAUCAUGGCUGACAGUACAUCAGAUCUGUUGAUCACUCUGCUGAGGCAUUCCCAGUUUGAAUCUAUGUAUCUUCAUGGACAUUCAAGUAAUAUUGAGGUCUGCGUAGGUGAAGAAACCUCAACAAAAUAUCCAGUGUCUUUUCCAUCUGAUGUCCCAUCACACUUUCAGUUUGUUGUAUCUUGGGAGAAAGAAGAGGAAGGUUGGAAGCUUGUUUGUGAAAAGGUUGUUAGGGAUGGUGUGUUCCCAACUACAGAGCGUAAAGUGAAGGAAGCUGAAGAAAGAAAAGCUAGAGACUUAGAGAAAAUGGUAACAGCUCUUUUUGAUAGUAUCAAGAUUACCCCAAAAGAACAACAGAAAGACAAACCAAGUCCAGGUUCUGCAGCUGAGACUGAAAAAAAACCAAGCCCAAGUGGUAGUGGCCAUCAUAACAUUAAGAAUGAGGAUGACAAGAAAGAGUUCUUUGACUCCUCAGAAGAGCUGGAGCAAAAGAUUGAUCUUCUUGCAAAAUGGGUCAAGGAGAGUAAACACUGUGUUAUGUUCACUGGUGCAGGAAUCAGCACAAGCACAGGUAUCCCAGAUUUUCGAAGUGGCAUGAACACUGUGCUGAAGACAGGCCCUGGUUUAUGGGAGUUACAAGCUAAAGGCGUCACUCGCCAGCCAGGUAAAGUUACUCCCAUGUUAAAGGCAAUACCCUCGCCUUCCCACAUGGCCAUCGUGAAACUCCACAAGGAAGGGUUGGUAAAGUUCACUGUCAGCCAAAAUGUUGAUGGUCUCCACUUGCGCAGUGGUAUUCCCAGUGAGGAGCUUGCUGAACUUCAUGGAAAUACCAACUUAGAAAAGUGCACUACCUGUGGUGCUAAAUAUUUGAGAGAUUUUGACACAAGAACUGCAACAAGAGUUCAUGACCACUUGACUGGAAGGUCCUGUGAUAACAUCAAGUGCUGUGGACCUUUAGUGGACUCCAUUAUAAACUUUGGCGAGAGUCUGCCCGAUGAUGACCUGAUGAAGUCAUACCAAGAAGCUGAAAAGUCAGACUUGAUGAUUGCACUUGGAUCCAGUCUUCAGGUUUAUCCAGCUGCAGACAUUCCAGCCACUGUCAUCCGCAGCAAACAGAAACUGGUGAUCUGCAAUUUGCAGAAGACCCCACUCAGUUCACUGAGUUCGCUUCACAUACACAGUCAGAUAGAUACAGUAAUGAGAGGGCUUAUGGAGAGGCUUGGCUUGGAGAUUCCACCCUUCAGAGUUCAGCGUCGCUUUGCAGUUGAGACAAGUCAGGAUAAAAUGUUGAUUGAAGGCCUUGACCUUCAAAGCAACACUCCAUAUUCUUUCUUAAAACAGGUAUCUGUGCAUAUGUCACAGGAGGUUGAAGGUACAAAGAAAGUUAUUGAUGAAAAAAUUCUCUCUAAGGAGCCUCUGGAAAUGUGUUUCAGGGGAAGCUUAAUAAGUAUCUCACAAGCUACUCCAUUGAUUGCAGAGAUAGAGUUGGGUUUCCAGGGUCACUAUGGUGAACCAAGCUUGUCCUUUACCAAUUCUAUUAGUAGCUUUGGAAAGGCCUUCUUUCAUGCAGAGUAUGAUUUAAAUAAAGGGGAGUGGUCGCUGAAAAAAGAAUGAAAACGCAUGAAAACACUGAUAGACUUGAUUCAUUGUACUUCUACUUAUGUUUUAAGAUUUUUGUUCUGCUAACCUGUAGAAUUUCAUGACUAUUUAAGAGAACAUUUAUUAAUGGAUGUGAUAUGUUAUUGAAUAACAUGCAAGGGUGUUGGAAAGUCUGCAGAUUCUUUUAUGAAUAAUUAUUCUGUGUAAAAAAGCUUUAUUACCAUGUUAGGUAAGAGCAUUCAUCUUUUUUUUUCCUCUUGAAGAAGAGGCUUGCUCAGUGAUAACAGCUACAAUCAUUGUUGGUCCCAAGGACAAUACUAUGUCUACAGAACUAAACUAUAUUGUUGUAAGUGUAUCAGGUUACAAGUCCUAAAGCUCCCUGACAGCUUUUAAAGCUCUGAUAACUUUUUUAUUGUAAUAAAAACAAUAGAUGUUAGUGAGCAUAUUGCCAUAUUUGUAUUAAAAAUCUUGGUAUUUUA